AUGGACGUACACGUCGGAGCAGAGGUUGGAUUCGCUACGCGGUUUGACAAACUUCGGCAUGAUCGGACUGAGCUGCUUUACAUGACGGACAGAACACUGUUGGAGGUGGCUGGGAAACAACCAAACUUCAACGACUUUGCCCGCAUCAUCAUAGACGAAGCUCACGAGCGUGCAUUGGCAACUGACAUGCUGCUUGGCCUACUAAGAGUGGCAAUAUCCCAGCGUACCGACCUCAAAGUAGUGGUCAUGUUGGCUACGUCAGACGCUCAAAGGUUCAUCGACUACUUCGGCGACAAAAAGGCCACUCGCUUUGAGCUCACAAACUUGUGUGUAGCCUUGAAAUACUGGCUCUUGCCGCUCUCGAUGGAUCCAACAUCUACUUGCGACCACAUGGAGUCAGAUACUAUGCUGAUCUUGCCCGACAACCAUCUCGCGCAACCCCACGCAUUCCAUGCCUACAUUCACACCAAACAACGAACAUCCCCUGAGCUCCCCGACAAGGAAAGGGUCGAUUUGGACAUCAGACAGUGGUGUUUUGAUGCGUUCCUCAACCACUCUGUUCUAGACGAGGUCGCACGGGUUCGACAACAACUCAAAGAACAAUUCCACUUGUUGUGUCCGGAUUGGAGAGCGCCCAAUACAACCCCCUUUAUCGAUCCAAAUUACGAGAUCAACAUACGAAAAGCUCUGGCCCGAACCUUCUACUACCGUUCAGCCUUUCGUGACCCAGCCGGUAUUGACCAGUACCGCGUCGUUCGUGCCAACUGGCAGGCUGGCAUCCACCCAGAUGGUCACCAGGAACUUGACUUCUUCAGAGAAAAUAAUUGGCUGAGGAAGCCCAAUGGAGCUUAUCGUAUGCCUAUUCUGCAGACUACCAUUCUUCCCCUGCAGCCCAAGAAGGAUCCUAAAAACACUCCUGAGUAA